GGACUCCUGAGCUGGGAAUUUUCCAUUCCAAGUAGAUCUACAGGAUCUCCAAAGCAAAAGAAAACCUGUUCACAUCUGCUGACUGAAGAUGAGAUUAUGCCUAUGAGCUGUAACUGGUAGAGGAGACCAAGCACAAAGGACAUAGCAUUUCAGUGGCAUGAAGGACAGAGCUGACUUGAAAACAGGUGACUGAUUCCUUAGAUGUACACCUGAUUCCUUCCCCUCACCAUCUGAUAAAACAUCAUUUAUCAUGAGGACAUUUCUUAAAUCCUGGAUUCCUCAGUGUUUGUGGAUUCUCAGGUCACCUUCCAGAACAUUCCAUGGAAACAACAGGCUUCUUACAUUUCAGAUUACUUCCCAUUAUGAAUCUGUAAAUCAGGGUAAAAAGGAAGUGCCAGAAUAUUUCAACUUUGCAAGUGAUGUCUUGGAUGAGUGGGCACGACUGGAAAAGGAUGGCAGAAAACCAUCAAAUCCAGCUUUUUGGUGGGUCAAUGAUAAGGGAGAGGAGGUGAAGUGGAGCUUUGAGGAGUUGGGCUCUCUGUCCAAGAAGGCAGCCAAUGUCCUUUCUGAGGCCUGUGGUUUGGGGAGAGGAGACAGAAUUGUGGCAAUUCUGCCUCGUGUUCCUGAGUGGUGGCUCCUGAACGUGGCCUGCAUGCGAGCAGGAAUUGUCCUUAUUCCAGGAACAUCCCAACUAACUGCCAAAGACAUCUUAUACCGACUCCAGGCUUCAAAGGCCAAGUGCAUUGUUACCAAUGAUGCCCUGGCACCUGCAGUGGAAUCUGUCCUGUCUGACACCCAGUUCCUGAAAACCAAACUCAUUGUGGGCCAGGGGAGCAGGGAUGGGUGGCUGAACUUCAAAGAACUCCUUGCGGUUGCAUCUGCUGACCAUCAGUGUGUCAAGACAAGAAGUCAAGACCCAAUGCUGAUCUAUUUUACCAGCGGAACUACAGGCUUCCCAAAAAUGGUGCUGCAGUCCCACAGCAGUUAUGGCAUUGGAUUUGCAGUCAGUGGCAGGCAUUGGUUGAAAUUGACUCCUUCAGAUAUAAUGUGGAAUACCUCUGACACUGGCUGGGUAAAAGCAGCUUGGAGCAGUGUUUUUGCACCAUGGAUCUGCGGAUCUUGUGUCUUCAUACACAAUAUGCCACAGUUUAAACCAGAAGUUAUUGCAGAGACUCUCUCAAGAUAUCCCAUCACCACCUUCUGCACGGCUCCCACUGCCUUCCUCAUGCUGGUCAAACAUGACGUGAGCAGCUACAAGUUCCCAAGUCUGAAGCACUGUGUAACUGGAGGGGAAGCUCUCAAUCCUGAAGUGUUGGCGAAGUGGAAAAUCCAGACAGGGGUGGAUAUCCAUGAAGGAUAUGGCCAGACCGAAACAGUGACAAUCUGUGCCAAUAUGAAAGGAAUGAAAAUUAAACCUGGCUCUUUGGGAAAAGCUGUUCCCCCUUAUGAUGUGCAGAUCGUGGAUGAGCAAGGGGCUGUGGUGCCUCAAGGAGAAGAGGGCACCAUUGCUGUCCGGGUGAAGCCCAAGCGGCCCUUCUGUCUGUUCUCCGAGUACUUGGAUAAUCCAGAGAAAACUGCUGCCUCUGUGCGAGGAGAUUUUUAUCUCACCGGGGACAGAGGUGUUAUGGACAAAGAGGGAUAUAUCUGGUUUGUUGGAAGAGCUGAUGAUAUCAUUAACUCUGCUGGGUACCGCAUUGGCCCCUUUGAGGUGGAGAGUGCAUUGAUAGAGCACCCAGCAGUGGUGGAGGCGGCUGUGGUCAGCAGUCCCGACCCAGUGCGAGGGGAGGUGGUCAAAGCUUUCGUUGUUUUAGCUCCUGCUUUUGUAUCACAUGAUCCAGAAAAAUUAAUUCAUGAGCUUCAACAACAUGUCAAGAAGGUGACUGCACCAUACAAGUAUCCAAGGAAGGUGGAGUUUGUUCAGGAGCUGCCGAAGACAGCUACUGGGAAAAUCCAGAGAAAGGUUCUAAAGAACAAAGAGUGGGCAAAGGUGUAAAAAGAGCAAGAGUGAUCUGGAAAAUGUGGAGAGAAACUCUCCAUCAUGUGUGCCAGCCAUAACACAAGACACAGAGCGGGUUGUCAUGACCCAGAGAAGAACAAGAACAUCAGGGGAAAAAAACUGUGGAAGAAAAAGGAGAAAACAUUCUUGAGGAUAUGUGGUAUUGGAACCAUUUUGCCAUCAACCUACAAACUUUCAAAAGGAAGGAAAUGCAAGUGAUUCAAACUGUGGAAUGGGAGAAAGACUCAGGUGCAUACAGAGGUCUAAUUUUUUUUACUACAGUUUGUAUAAACAUUUUCCUUAAAAAAAAAAUGGGUGAAACUACAUUGCUUUAAGAAUUACAAAUAAAUGAGAAAUUAAUACGAAU